AUGCACAUUAUACCAAACCUUCAGCACAUAGAAUAUUGGAAUAGUGAUGGUAUAUAUACCAAUACUCUAAUAUAUAAAAACAUUUCCACCACCUUUUUAUUAGAUCCAAUCAAAUUCGAUUUUCCGAGAAAAAGGACCAAUGCUUUCAUCAUUAUUCGAAAACUAAUGCAAAAACAAAUCCAAAGAUUAUUCGAUCAAGCGUGUACCCCAAGACCACAGAAUGGGAUUAUAUCUAAAUACAUGAGAUCUUAUUGGUUGAAAUUGGACGAUCGACUUAAAAAUGAAUUCAAAGAGAAGGUUAACGAAUUCUACAAUAAUAAUCUAUUUUACCAUAUCAAAGAGUCCACAGUGAAAAAAACUAUUGGUCCCAAUAUGGAGAAUUUGAGCGAUCAUAAUUUGGAUAAUUUAAAUGAUCAUAACUACGACGCUUACAAUUUGAGCGAUCAUAAUCAGGAUAAUUUGAAUGGUCAUAACUAUGACCCUUGCAAUUUGGGCGAUCUUAAUUUGGAUAAUUUGAAUG